GAAAGUCCCCCGCAGACCCUGCAAGUGGAGACCCUGGUGCAGCCCCCCGAGCCGUGCGCCGAGGCCGCAGCCCUGGGAGACACGCUGCACAUCCACUACACGUUCCCUCACUGACAAGCGCGGGGUGGAGACGUCCCCCGAAAUCGGGCUUCCUCCGGGGCUGGCUGUUCCUUUCUGCCCCGAGGGGAGCGCUGGGGGCGCAGCUGCUGUACGUGGCCGCUGCAGCUGCCCAGGUGUGUUGCGUGUGCGCGUGCGUGCGUGUGUCUAUGCAUGCAUCCGCGCGUGCUGCUCGUGGUGCGAGAGUUUGAGCGCGUCUCCAUUCUCUGUCCGCAGGGCAGCCUGGUAGAUGGCCGCAUUAUUGACACCUCCCUGUCCAGAGACCCUCUGGUCUUAGAACUUGGUCAGAAGCAAGUGAUCCCAGGUGUGUGGCAAGGCCUCCCUCCUCCCUGUCCCAGCUGUGCUUUGCCAGAAAUGCCCCUGGGCUCUUGUCUUCUCCUUAGCCACUUACCCGGUUCACACCUGACUCACCUGACAAUUAUUCUUGUCCCAGACCCCACUGGAAGCCAAAGGUUUACAAAGUGGGAGGCUCAGUCCAGGGAGAUCCUAGGGUGUGGGGGGUGUGGGAAGCUUCCCGUUGAACUGUGUCUUCUUCCUGAAGGUCUGGAGCAGAGCCUUCUAGACAUGUGUGUGGGAGAGAAACGAAGGGCAAUUAUACCUUCUCACUUGGCCUAUGGAAAACGAGGAUUUCCACCAUCUAUCCCAGCGGAUGCAGUGCUGCAAUUUGAUGUGGAGCUGAUUGCACUGAUCCGAGCCAACUACUGGCAAAAGCUGGUGAGGGGCAUUUUACCUCUGGUAGGCAUAACCAUGGUGCCAGCCCUCCUGGGCCUCAUUGGGUAUCACCUAUACAAAAAAUCCAGCAGACCCAAAGUCUCCAAAAAGAAGCUCAAGGAAGAGAAACGAAACAAGAUAAAAAAGAAAUAAAUAAUUUUAAAAAA